AAACCUUUUUCCUCUUUCGCUCGCUCCGCCCUCUCUUCCGCUUAAAUUCGCUUCCGUUAAUUUCUUCUACAACCUUCUUUUUUAAGAGGAACCCAGGAAGCGGUUCAAGUUUUUGAAGAGGUGGUUCGUCGUCACGUCCUAUUUCUCAUUGAAUGAGUUAAUUGCUCUCUCGUGAAAAAGGAGGAGAAGAAGAGGGAACGGUGAUAGCGUAUCAGAGAUGCGAAAGUCCUUCAAGGAUUCCCUCAAAGCUCUUGAAGCUGACAUUCUCUUUGCCAAUACUCUUGCUUCUGAUUAUCCAAGAGAAAGUGAUGGAGCCUGCUUACAGAUGAGAUUGUCUUAUAGUCCAGCUGCUCAAUUCUUUCUUUUUCUGGUUCAAUGGACUGACUGUCAUCUUGCUGGAGCCUUGGGAUUGCUUAGAGUUCUCAUAUACAAGGUAUAUGAGGAUGGGAAGACAACCAUGUCCAUUUAUGAGAGAAAAACCAGUCUGAAGGAUUUCUAUGGUGUGAUUUUUCCCUCUUUACUUCAACUCCACAGAGGAAUCACUGAUGUAGAAGAAAGAAAACAGAAAGAUUUAUUUGCUAAAAAGUACAUGCACAAAGAUAUAGUAAGAAAAGGAAAAAUAUCUGAAAUUGAUAUUGAGAGAGAAGAAGAAUGUGGUAUUUGCAUGGAGAUGAACAACAAGGUUGUCUUGCCGAAUUGCAACCACACUUUGUGUAUGAAAUGCUACAGGAACUGGCAUUCAAGAUCUCAAUCUUGCCCUUUCUGUCGGGAUAGUCUUCAAAGAGUAAAUUCUGGUGACCUUUGGAUCUACUUGAACAGCAAUGAAAUAAAUGACUUGGCUUCAAUCAACAAGGAAAAUCUAAAAAGACUAUUUGCAUAUGUUGACAAGUUGCCUCUGAUUGUAUCAGAUCCUUCGCUAAUGUCUUAUCCUCAGCGCUAAUGGUUUUUACCCGAUGACUUUGAAUCUGCGUGAGCAGCUGAAGAAUUUAAUUAGGUUGCUGAUGUACAUUGAUAAAUUGCCUCUCAUGUACUGAUGUGUUAUUCUCAGCACUUCUGAUUUCCCUUUAGUCAUAGAUAAUUUUUACUUCAAAUUCCAUUCUGUGUUUGAUCGUCAGUUUGUGCAGGAAUGAUUCCAAAUGUAAAUACAUGUUGACUUCAUAGUGAAAUAAUAACUUAUUAUCCAUUGAAAAUUAAA